AUGGGUGAAGAUUAUUGGAAUUCGUCGUCGGUUAGCAAAAAAAAUAUGUUCGAUAUAGAUGGCAAUAAUACACUCGAUGAUAUUAUCCUUGAUUCAAGUCGUUCAACACCACCAAUAAAUACAACAGGAGUGGUUUCAGCUCGUUUUCGUCCAGCAACUGCCACCCCAACUACUACUACUACUACUACUGCUGCUGCUAAAGCAACGAUUACCAAACCGGCUGCAAAUAAUUCUCUGAUAACAACAACAACAACAACAAGUAAUCAACCGAAAUUUACUAUUCCUACAUCACAAGUUUCACGUCCUAUCGAUCAAUCUGUUGAAUCUGCUCGAUUCGGUCGUUCACCAGUUCCGGGACCAUCCAAUGAUAUCCAUUCCAAUGCUCAAUGGUUACCCAAUGCAGAAGAAUAUCCUGAUCAAAAUGUCAGAGAUCGAAGUACACAGUACGACAAAGAAAUGGAAUUACGUUGUAAAAAUCUACUAGAAAAUAAAAAUGCGAAACUAGAUGAUAUUCAAGAUUAUGAUAAAAAAGCCUCGUUAUUACGAAUGGCUAUUAAAGUUAAUACACCCAAUGCUACUGUUCCAGUAUUGAUUUUUCUUGAAAAUACUUUGUCACGACCAUUAUUCUUCGACUUGAUUAAACAGCAUCCACAAGCCAUAAAUAAUUAUAUAAAUAUGACAAAAUUAAGAUUUGACAAUGAUUAUUAUGUAUCUAUGCUCAAACAAUUUGGUCGAAAUGAAGAUGUGGCAAUGAUACGUCUUCGACAAGCAAGUCAAGUCAAUGAUAUGAAUACUAAAAUGGCGAUAUUAGAUCAAGCAGCAACUGAACUUGGAUCACAUCCAUGGUGGCAUUUACAAAUUGCUGAACAACGAAUUUUACUUAAAAAGCAGCGAGAAUUACAAAAUUCUCAAGCGAGUCGAACAGUUCUUGAGAUAUACAAAACAGUGUACGAAACAGAUUUUCGAAAACAAAAACAAAAUCGAAAUACAGAUAAAACAGCACUCGAUCGAAGUAAAGAGUUCGAAACGGCUUUUCAUAUGUCUCCAGAAAUAAUUAUGUGUGGUAAAUUGUCUGUGAUUAUGCAAUGUGGUUUACGAUCACAUUAUGAUGAUUUUAUUCAUCAAGCCAUACAUCAAGGUAUAUUUGGAAAGAAAUAUAUUAUUGCACCAGAAUAUCUUGCUGAUAUGGUUUACAAUUGGGUACGAGUAAGUGGCGAUGGAGCAGAAAAAGCAAGUGAAACAGCUGCACGAUUUCUUACAAUGAUUCCUGAUCCAGAUAAGCGUAUUUAUUUUGCUGAAAAAUUCCAAAAUUUUGAUGUAGCUAUCGAUACAAUUGUUAAUAUUCUUCGUGAUCGAUUACAAUUAGAAAAUUUACGUAGACGUAUGCCACAUGAUCACCCGGCAUUUAAUAAGGCUACAUCACUCUUAGAAAACACAAAAUGGCGAAAUUAA